AUGACCAAAGUGGAAAACCCUAAACGUUCAACCGUCUUGGGCCAACUUGAUGGAUGCGGACAACCAUAUGUUCCGUUAAGCAACCCUAGACUCCGUAGAUCCUCUGCCGUCACUCACACUGACACCUCACAUGCGGGUGUAUCACAUUGGUACUGUCGGCUACCAAAUUGGUGCGCAGAGAUAGCAAAUCAAUUCUCGUGUGUGCGAUACACAUAUCCUCCAACUAGAAAUGUUCACAGUCUAAAACAAGCACUGUGGCGUGUAUAUAAAUUAAAUGCUCACCACAACCCCAAUGAAAUAUCGCCUAAGCGCCAUUAUGUUCCAGCCAAAAUGCUUACUACUGAUUGCAAUUGCGUUUGCGCCAUGCCAACAAAUGCGUCAACAUGCCAUCCGAAUUUCCGUGGGAUUCUUCGGAGAUAA